ACGCACAAAAUGGAAUCGAGCGAUCUGGAUGAUUUAUGUUUUCAUGUUAACUCAAAGAUUUCUUUAAUCAAGAAGACUCUCCAGCUGAGAAAUAUAGGACAGGAUCCCUCUCUGACCUGCGUCCUGAAUAAAGUCGCGCAUGAAAUGAAUUCUCUGCAUGACCUUCUCAACAAAUUGGAGACGGAGGUUCAGAAGCAGGAGAGUAUUUCACGUUCCCUGAAGGAACUACAGGCUACUUUUGCUAAUAAUUUUGCCGAAGCGUCUCACAUGAAGGAAAACAUCCCUCCGCAUCUACCCAAGAAAGCUCCGAGCAGUAAUGAGGCAAAGUGCGAGCCGCCGGAUGUCGGUCAGGCCCCGGCGCGUGCGGAGCCGCCGAAGAGACCAACCAAGGAGAAAGCCAUAAAAGAAAUGGAGCUGAUCACGGUGCAGGAGUUUGCAAAUGUCCCGGCUUACAUGAAGAACCGCCUGACGUACGAACAGAUAAACGGCGUAAUCGAGGAGGUCAACAAAGCCGUUGUGGGAAAAUACAAGAUAUUUCACCAGCCGAUGAAAUCUCUGAACAACGCGGCCAAAAAGCAGCUGUGCCGGUUCAAAGAAGAAGAAACCAAGGAGACGAAAGGACUGUUUUUUGUCGUAGAUCAAGAUAUAAAAGAGUUUACCCAGGUGAAGGUGGACAAGCGGUUUCACGGGAUGCUCAGUAUAUUACGCCAUUGCCAUCGUAUACGAGAGAUUCGGAGUAAAGGACUGGUGCGUUAUAUCAUCUGCUAACACAGCGAGCUCACGAAUCGUUAGUAGGUGAGGCGCACGUCCGUGACAAAGUCUGCAGUUUCUUUAAUGCACUUGUACAGACUACGAUAAUGUAUAUUUUUGUGUAUACUAAGAAAAAAAAUAUAUAUUGCCUUGAUUACUAA